GCACCCCAGACACCCGGGCUUCUGGAAGAUGCUCGCCGUGGCAACGUGUGUGGCCCUUCUGGGCUGCCUGCAGGCCCAGAAGCUCCAGGGCCAUGUCUCCGUAAUCCUGCUGGGAGCAACUGGGGACCUGGCCAGAAAAUACUUAUGGCAAGGCCUGUUCCAGCUGUACCUGGAUGAGGCGGGGCAGGGCCACAGUUUCAGCUUCCACGGGGCCGCUCUGACGGCCACCAAGCAGGGCCAAGAGGUCAUGGCCAAGGUCCUGGAGUCCCUCUCCUGCCCCGAGGACGUGGCGCCCAGCCGCUGUGCCGAACUGAAGGACCAGUUCCGGCGGCUGAGCCAGUACCGCCAGCUGAAGACCAGCGAGGACUACGUGGCCCUGAGCGAGGGCGUCGAGGCGCUGGUGCAGCAGGAGGGCCGCCGGGAGGCCGGCCGGCUCUUCUACUUCUCUGUGCCGCCCUUCGCCUACGCGGACAUCGCCCGCAACAUCAAUAGCAGCUGCCGCCCCGGCCCGGGCGCCUGGCUGCGGGUCGUCCUCGAGAAACCCUUCGGCCACGACCACCUCUCAGCCCAGCAGCUGGCCACGGAGCUGGGGAGUUUUUUCCAGGAGGAGGAGAUGUACCGCGUGGACCAUUACCUGGGCAAGCAGGCCGUGGCUCAGAUCCUGCCUUUCCGAGACCAGAACCGCAAGGCCCUGGAUGGCCUCUGGAACCGGCACCACGUGGAGCGCGUGGAGAUCGUCAUGAAAGAGACGGUGGAUGCAGAAGGUCGCACCAGCUUCUACGAGGAGUACGGCGUCAUCCGCGACGUGCUGCAGAACCACCUGACGGAGGUGCUCACCCUGGUGGCCAUGGAGCUGCCCUACAACGCGAGCAGCGCGGAGGCCGUGCUGCAGCACAAGCUCCAGGCCUUCCGGGCGCUGCGGGGCCUCCGGCGCGCCAGCGCCGUGCUGGGCCAGUACCGGGCUUACGGCGCGCAGGUGCGCAGAGAGCUGCGCGCCGGACACUCCCCGCAAGGCCGGGACGUUCCGAGGCAGUGGGGCGCCCAGAGGACGGGCUCAGAGAGAAGGGCUGACCGGCAGGGAGGCAGGACGGGGAAGGCACGGGGGCUGGGAGGGCCCCGGCGGUCUGCGCUGGGGCGUCACCUCUGCUGUCCCCCUGUCGCCUCAGGCAUCCUCGUUCACAUGGACAACCUUCGCUGGGAGGGCGUCCCUUUCAUCCUGAUGUCUGGCAAAGCCUUGGAUGAGAGAGUGGGCUAUGUUCGGAUCUUGUUCAAGAACCGGGCGUUUUGUGCCCAGAGCGAGAAGGACUGGGUCACGGCCCAGAGCCCGUGCCUGCCUCAGCAGAUCAUCUUCUACAUCGGCCACGGCGAGCUGGGUACCCCUGCCGUGCUGGUCAGCCGGAGCCUGUUCAAGCCCACCCUGCCCUCCAGGAGCUGGAAGGAGGUGGAGGGCCGGCCAGGGCUCCGCCUCUUCGGCCGCCCUCUGUCCGAUUACUAUGCCUACAGCCCCGUGAGGGAGCGGGACGCCUACUCCAUCCUCAUAUCGCACAUCUUCCACGGCCGGAAGGACUCCUUCGUCACCACGGAGAACCUGCUGGCCUCCUGGGUCUUCUGGACCCCCUUGCUGGACAGCCUGGCCCGUGAGGUCCCCCGCCUCUACCCAGGAGGAGCUGAGAAUGGACACCUGUUGGACUUUGAGUUCGCAGGCGGCCAGCUGGCCUUCUGCCAGCAGCAGGUGGAGCAGCUGGUGCUGGGGCCAGGUUCGGCUCCGAUGCCCAGUGACUUCCAGGUUCUCAGGGCCACGUACCGAGAGAGCCCGCUGGUCGCGGCCUGGCCCGAGGAGCUGAUCGCCAAGUUGGCCAGCGACAUCGAAGCCACAGCGGUGCAGGCGGUGCGGCGCUUCGGCCAGUUCCACCUGGCCCUCUCGGGUGGCUCGAGCCCCAUAGUCCUGUUCCAGCAGCUGGCCACGGGGCACUACGGCUUCCCCUGGGCCCACACGCACCUGUGGCUGGUGGACGAGCGCUGCGUCCCGCUCUGGGAUCCCGAGUCCAACUUCCAGGGCCUGCAGACCCACCUGCUGCAGCACGUCAGGGUCCCCUACUACAACGUCCACCCCAUGCCCGUGCACCUGCACCAGCGGCUCUGCGCCGAGCAGGACCGGGGCGCCCAGGCCUACGCUGAGCAGAUCUCAGCCCUGGUGACCAACAGCAGCUUCGACUUGGUGCUGCUGGGAAUGGGCCCCGACGGGCACACGGCCUCCCUCUUCCCGCAGUCACCCGCGGGCCUGGACGGCGAGCAGCUGGUGGUGCUGACCGAGAGCCCCUCCAAGCCGUACCAUCGCAUGAGCCUCAGCCUGCCCCUCAUCAACCGUGCCAGGAAGGUGGUGGUCCUGGUCAUGGGCAGGUUGAAGCGUGACAUCACCAUGCUGGUGAGCCGCGUAGGCCACGAGCCCAAGAAGUGGCCCAUCUCGGGAGUCCUGCCCGGUUCUGGCCAGCUGGUUUGGUACAUGGACUAUGAGGCGUUUCUGGGCUGACGGUGCCUCUGUCCUCUGCUCGCUCCACUGCUGGCCCCCACCUGUCCUCGCCCCUCCCCUCUUGGUCCUGCCACCUGCCCGGCUGCCCUGGCUCUCUGCAAUCUGAUGCUCGGUCGGGCCCCUGGAGAGGCCCCGUCCCACUCCCUUUGACAGUCCCCGUCCAGUUGUGGUGGGCAGACGCAGAAACGGGGAAGAAAUGGAGUCUCCGCCCGUGAACGCUUCACAUCCAAGUCAGCAGAGAGACAUCCACCUAAAGAAAAGACCCACGGCAGUUACACGUUCAUAUCAACCAGCACAAAACAAGGCAGCGUGAAAGCCCCCAGCCUGAGAAAGAGGAAUGAAACGGCGUGAGUUAAUCAGGGGAGAGAUCCUGGAGGCGGUGGCCCUCGACCCGGUUCCCGUGGAGAGAAGGGAGCACCGGCAUCCGCGCAGGUGCGGGGUCCGGGUGAAGCAGGGCGCCGGGGGCUGUCCAGGUGCUCGGGCCUCUGGAGCUCCCGCUUCUUGUCUCUGUCCUUUUCCUGAGCCUCUGAUGUCAGCCUGCUGACUGUCCUCUGCAUGGCCGCCUCCACCUGGUCUGUGCCUCUGGUUCUGUGCCUAGGUCCCUCCUGUGGAGGGUCCUCCCAUUCCCUCUCGUUCUUGGCUGUCCCUCAGAGACAGUAACACAGCGGCAAAUGCGAGGAUGUCACAGGUACGGUUCCAGAAAUCUUGCGACUGCCGUUUGGAGUGGAUGACCUCGGCAUAGGGAGGCACUGGUUCCCAGCCCCUCAGCGAGGACCUCUGCCCCCCCACUUCGCCAGCCAGCCCCUCCGUGAGACAUAAUCAGACUUUUCCAGCGACUCCCCGUUUCAGGGGAUCCCUUAUAUUUCAGGGGACUUCCCGGUGGGUGUUUCCACUCUCAGCAUCCCCUCUUGUUUUGCCGGGAGAGAUCCAGUCAAAUCUUUCUCUGAUGGUGACAACUUAUUUGGGGGGAACAGUAUGAUCGUCGCGCGAUCUAGACCACCCGGAUGCUCUGAUCUGACCAGACCAAAGCCAGGCCUCCUUGGUGGUGGGGGGGGGGGCUCAGCUCACAGGCAGCAGGGGCUGCGCAGGACCUCCCCGGGGGCUCGGCAGAUUCUCAGCACCCGGGGGCGGGGGGCAGACUGUGACCCGGCCGCCUGUCUCAUACUACCUCUUGGCAGCACCCAGCCUGCCGGCUUCCUGUCUCCUGGUCCCUCCUGCCACCUCUCCCUUCGCCACUAAUGCACUGCUGAAGACUUGAGGCGACAAAUCAGUAGCUGCUCCUUAAGAAUAGACUGGGUGUUCUGCUCUUGAGAAGCGUGAGCCAGCACUACCUGUUUUUCUGAAACCCCCAAGGUCGGGGUGUAGGGGUUGGUGCUCUGAAAUGCUUUUAAAAAAAUCAAAAAUCUCAGGACAGAUUUUUUUAUUUCCAUUUGCCACAUAGCCAUGCCCACCAGCUAUGACUGUAAAGGGAUAACAUGGGUUUUUCUGCGUGACUGUGACUUCGUAUGGGGCAGAUACAUUCUGUCAGGCAGAUACAACGUGUCAGCGCCACACACAAGGCUUUCCUGACGAGGCGCUUCCCGAAAUCUCUGUCUCUGCUCUCGCUCGUUCACACUUUCUUCAAGGCUAUGGACCGAAAAUAAAGGAAGUCUUUGCUUUCAUUUGAAAUGGCUGCCCGAGCCAGGGGCUCUCCAUGUGAAAAGGCACUCUUGUGACAAUUCUGCUUCCGCCAGCCUCCGACGACCCAGUCCAGACAGGACAUCUCUCUUUAUGCGGAGGGGGGGCCAACCCUGGCUUCCCUUUCUGGGGGUCCGCGUUUUAACUUGCUCUAGAGAUGCUGGCGGCUGGUGCUCGUGAGUGGACACAGGUGGCUGCGGUUCAGAUGCCACUUCUGGCCACGUGGGGGCGCUCUCGCACCAUCCUGCGGGCUUGCGGGCCGACUGCCUUGGGACCCCACGGUGCUGCAUUUGCAUUUUGUAUCCGCAUCCCUGGGGCCUUGGCCUGAGCACCCCUCCAGCUGUUCUUUGGGAACUUCUUCCUCUGUGGUUGCAACAUCAGAUCGAAAGGGACCUCCACAUGCCCGAGCCUCGUUCCAGGACAAGGGGUAAGCUGGCUCCUGAUGUCACUCUUUCUGAAUAAUAGUGAGUCACUGCGGGCCUAAGCCUGGAAUGUCCUGUUCUUAGAGGAGUGCCUCGCAUCAAAACGCACCCCUUCCCUGUGGAGAGUGUGCACAUGGGGGUAGGGUGGGGGCAAAUAAAAAUACCAAAGGCUUCCUUUCCAGAAUCAAGUGCUGUCUUAAAGCCACACCGGAAAGUCCAGUGGGAGACGGCGUCCACAGUCCUGCUUCCGCCCACGCCCCUUCCCCUUUCCCCCCUGCCCUGUGCCAGGAAGGAGAGAUUCUCAGAGGCCGGCCACCGAGGCUGGUGGUUUCCGAGUGUUCUGGACCGUGAUCCACAGCAAGAAACACACUGCAUCACGAGACAUGCAGAGACCUGUCUCGGGCACAAGUGUCAUAAAGGAAUGUCUCCCCUGAGAACAUGGGGUACCCUCUAGUUUCUAUUUUUCAUUUUCAAAAAAAACGUUGCUUUUAAUCUGCGGAAUCGAGUUGAUACAUAGUUUUUAAAAAAUGCUGCUGUGAUCCAGCUUUACCCCGUUCCAUAAGCCAAGGACCCCGAGUCUGGAGAGGGAACACGGGUGCCCGGCUCCCACAGGGACACUGGUGAGCACGUUGGGACUGGAACCCCGGCUUCCCAGUCCUGCAGCCCUGCACUCACCCGCUCUCCCAGCACAGGGAGCCUGCCCAGGCCCAGCACAGUGCUGCUUCAGCCCCCCGGGUGGGAUGCUCGGCCAGGCCUCCUCCAUCACGGUGGGAGGGAGGGCAGCGGGUGCUGAAGAAGCUCUGAUCAGAAGCCUGAGCUGUAGGAACAGUUCUGACGUCGGGGUUGAUGAGUACCAGGCUAGACACUGCACGAUUUACACGAGGUGGCCUUGAUUCUCAGCAACACUGCAAGGCAGGUGGAGGGACCCUCUUACUGAUGAUUUUGAAACUGAAGUUGUCCACCGACCACAGACCAGGUGUGGAACCUGGGUCUUCAGGAGUCCAGAGGGGUGUCCCCAGCCCCCCCUGCGGUGCCACCUCCUUCCCAGAAGCCCCUGGGUGCUCAGUGCAGUGGGGGUUCCUCUCAGUCCUGUAAAAGGUAGGAGGGCCCCUCCUUCGGGAGGCUUUGUCAACUUAGCAUUUCCAGAGCAAGCAUUAUUACCAUCAGUUGUCGGGAAGGACUGGGGGACUUUCCAGGCUGUUGUAAGCUAGAUUCCGAUUUUGAUCUGGAAGCAUGUUUUCUGCUAACCACAAGUUAAAACAGUCUCGUCUCGUCGAUCCCCCUGCUCCCUGCUCCUCGGCAGAGAGUGCUCUCUUCCCACCCUGGGGUCCCCGGUCAGCAGCGUGACCAGAGCUUUCUGCCAGUGGACUGAUCCUUCAGAGCACUCCCUCGAGGGUCGUCAUUCCAGAAAGCACGGGCUGGGAGCUCCCUCCUGCUUCGCCUCGCUUCCUCCUUUCCCAGGAGGAGAGCCCAGGAAGAGAGCCGGGGACAAUGGGACAGAGAAAGGGAGGAGCUUCCGUAAAAUCUUAAAGGACAGUUUUCUACAAUUUAGUUUUCAUAAAAAAAAAUUUUUUUUUUUUAACAAAAAUUCAUGCAGCCUCACAGAAGCAGCCUCUGCCUCAGCCUUGCCCAGCUCAUUUUCAUCUCAAGCAGACAGGGCCUUGCAGACCUCAGCUCGCCAGCACAGAAGCUGCUUGGCAGUGGUCAGUGUCAGAAAAUGAACGAGUCACGGCCAAGGCUGGAGGCGACAUGGCGAGGUGGGCAUGGUGGCAGGCCAACGCAAUGGGCACCCGCCCGCCCCGCAAAGGACAGACUGCAGAGGGGGCGGGGGCUUUGAGAGGGCUGCUGUCUCCCAAUGUCACCAGACCACGUGGCCCACAAGGGCCGCCGGCCUGGCUGUGUGAAGGGCGAGUGAGCCACAGUGCUCUCCUGCCCACGACCCCCUGCAGCUGCUCUGCUGGGCGCCGCAGACCUCAGGCCGCAGCCAGGCGGGUGGCACCAGAGGUGCUGCUGGCUUUGUUCAGGUGACGUUUCCAUGAGGAACAGGGCACUUCUCCAACCUAAUCAGCAUUUGGCCGCCGAUGAGAGCCUGAGAGCCAGGACAGCACUGGCGAAAGAGCAGCUCUGUCGGCCCGCCCGGCUCUCAGGGUCUCAGCCUGGUCGCUGGAGCUGAGUGCGAGUUCACCCUCACUGUCCUGCGGGCCGGCGAGUGCCCUCAGGUGCCGUCUGUGCCGUCUGCCGCCCAUCUUCGUCGCUUGCUGGGAGAGUGGGAGUCGCGGGGGGGCGUGUUGUUUUCCUUGCUGUGUCUACCUAUGGAGUCCCCACGUGAAGUGCAGAGCCCGCUUCCUGCCUGUUCUAGGUUAGAGCCCGCGUCCCGUGUCCAUCAGCCUCCCCACACAGCACACAGCGCGUCUUCACCGGAGGAGCCGGGGGGUGGGGGGCAGGGGGAGCCCCUGUCGGCAGGUGACCCGGGAAGAUGUGCAGAUGUCUUCCGGAAACACCCAGGGACCCUUCUCCAGAGGCACCCGGCCUCGCCUCUGUUGGCAGUUGGAGCUGGGGCGGGAGCGAGGGUUCCUGCUCUCUAAGCUGAGCAAGGUCCCUACUCGCCGAUGCUGUGGGCAGCACAAGAAUAAACAUCAGGGACCGGAGGAGGCAUCUCUGAAAUGUGUGUGCUGCGGGGGUGGGGCAGUGAUCCCCUCGAUGAAGCCUCCUUUCCGGGCUCUUUGGGGAGCGCAUCUGUUUGCGGGAUGGCGUGUGUUUGAAACCCUUGCCUUGCUCUGGUGCCUUAAAGGAAGUCUCUGCAUCUUCUCCACCGUUUUUCACCUGCUGAAAGCUUUACGGAGUAGAUUUGAAUGGGUGGUAGUUAGCCUUGAAAGCGGAGGUAUAAACAAAACCACAUAAAUUUGUCGGUGUGGGUCCUUAGGGGCACCCCACAGAGGUGUAAAAGGGUAGAUCAUGAGAUGUCGUGGGGUGCGUUAGAGGAAGGGGCCCUGGACUAGCUGGUACCCACGGGCCCAGUCUGCGUCUACUUUGCCGUGCAACCUGGUCCGUCCACUCCUCCCGGUUCCACACUGGAGCUGCGGGGUGAGAGCAGAUACCAGCAGGGCCUCCGCUGGCCCGAGUGCUGUCACGGCCUGUGCCUUGUCUCCAGCUGGGAAGGCCCAGUAGGUUCCGUGCCUAGAGGCUGUUGCUGCAGGACACUUAAAUGGGGCUGUCAGGGUGUGCUUCCAUUACCUCGCGUCCCCGUGUCCUCUGUCCCGUGCUUGGACGCUCGGCGCUGGCCAUCCGUCGGGAGAAGAGAGAUGGAGAAACUCCCUUCUCAGGGGACCGUCCGUUCCCUUGAGUGACACGGAGACAGAGAGCGUGAAAACCCCCUCUGCCCAACAGCAAGAAUGUGCCAUGCGUUUCUGCAGAGAGAGAAACUGCCCCUGGUUUUUAUGGAAAUACUGAGCACUUAAAGACGCCUCAGACAAUGAGACGCAUUCAGAGUUUCUAAAAUGACUGUUUGUAUGGCGAAUGUAACUUUUUUUAAACAAUAAAAUCGUUUUGCCAAGA